GCGACUAUCAAAAGAUGGACAACAAGAAACUCAAGAACUACUAUAAGUGCAUGUGCAUAAUCUUACUUUGUUCUCCUCUCAAAGCAUAUCACGUCUCAUCCUUGAACCCAAAUGUAAUAAUUGGCAGUUCAACGACGCUGAAGAGCUACAACGACGACAGUGUGGCCUCCAGUUCUCCAAACUGUUUUUAUCUAAUUUGGAUGAGAGUACAUCCAAAGAGAAGAACGAUGGAUGUUAUCAACGUUGAUGGUCAUAAAUACAAGACACAAUAUAAUGAACAGACUAAAUCAUGCGAUUUAAUAAUAACCACUGCAACUCUGGAAGAUACUGGAAUGUAUUACUGUUCCGAGACAGAUGCCAGGCCAUUUAUAGGGAUUGGCACAAAACUAACGGUCGUGGGUAACGAUGGUGUCAUCCUAUCUGUCGAGGUUUUCUCACCAUCGGAGUUUCUUGACCCCAACAUCCCACUGAUCUGUUGGGCGACGAAUACCCUCCCAUCUCAGGUUCGCGUCUUUUGGGUUGUAAAUGGGAAAGAACACAUCGGUUGGACCGAGUCAGUGUGGUCAAAGCAGAGUGAUCAAACCACCACGGAGUUCACACAGAGUCGAUUUUGGCUGUCGAAGGCGGACUGGGAGGCUGGGGGAAAAUGUACGUGUGUAGUCGAAGCUGGCGGGAGGAACGUCUCCAAAAGCAUCCAAAGGGUUGGGAAUGACAUGUGCCUAUUCCUGGUGUAUGGGAUCUCUUGCGCAGCAUUUUGUAUGAUCUUCGUAGCCAUCACAACAGUCUUGGUUUUACGCGAGGGGCAUGGGGUUAAAGAAGUUCGGGAAAAGGACCGUAGAAGGCUCAACACUGACAAACAUGGGAAAUACACAAAAAAACGAUCUUCUCUCACAGAAGUGCAAUAUGCCAGCCUUGACAACAUUAGACAACCCCAGUAAGGCCCACAGAUCAACAGGUCUUCGAUUUGGACACUGAAACUGC